GAUCUGUCUGGAUAUAAGUAAUUGAAAAUGACCUGCUUUUUAUUGCAAGAGCUCGGCUUGAGGUGGAAAACCAGGCUAAAAGGUUGCUUGAGCAAGGUGUGGAGACUCAGAAUCCUACUCAAGUGGGAACUGCUCUUCAGGUUUUCCAUAACCUUGGGACUUUGAAGGAUACCAUUGCUAAUGUGGUGGAUGGAUACUGUGCAGUUCUGGAGGAGAACAUAAAAAAUGCUUUGGAUAUCAAAGUAUUGACCCAGCCAUCUCAAACUGUUACAAGAGGUGGCCCAGGUAGAGCUGCUAUGCCAACACCUGGGAACACAGCAGCUUUUCGAGCAGCCCUCUGGACAAACAUGGAGAAACUCAUGGAUCAGAUCUGUGCUGCAUGUGGACAGGUGCAGCAUUUGCAGAAAGUAUUGACAAAGAAAAGAGAUCCCGUGUCACAUGUCUGCUUCAUAGAGGAAAUAGUUAAGGAUGGCCAGUCUGAUAUUUUGUACAAAUUUUGGACUGCAGUAACUCAGACACUUUCCUCUCAGUUUCAGUCAGCAACAGACUCCUCUAUGUUUUUGAAACAAGCAUUUGAAGGAGAAUACCCUAAGUUGCUGAGGCUUUAUAAUGACUUGUGGAAGCGCCUCCAACAAUAUAGUCAAAAUAUUCAGAGGAAUUUUAACACAAGUGGAACUACUGAUCUUUUUGCUGAGCUACAGCAAAUGGAAGAAGAUGCACAGGACAUAUUCAUACAAAAAAAUGAAGAUUACGAUCCAGAAAAGGCCUUGAAAGAUUCACUGCAACAAUAUGAAGCUGCUUAUUUGUCAAAAUCCUUGUCUCGACUCUUUGACCCCAUCAAUCUUGUCUUCCCUCCUGGAGGUCGGAAUCCUCCCUCUUCUGAUGAGCUUGACAGCAUCAUUAAAACUAUAGCCAGUGAGCUAAAUGUGGCAGCUGUUGAUCCAGACCUGAGUUUAGCUGUGGCAAAAAAUGUGGCAAAGACCAUUCAGCUUUAUGGUGUAAAGUCUGAGCAGCUUCUGUCUACUCAAGGAGAUGCCAGCCAGGUGAUUGGGCCACUCACGGAGGGACAGAGGAGGAACGUGGCUGUAGUUAAUUCGCUGUACAAACUGCACCAGUCAGUUCUGAAGGUUGUUACCAAUCAGAGCUCAUUUCCAGUAGCCGCUGAGCAAACAGUCACAACUGCCUUAAAGGCAGUCCAUGAUCUAAUGGGUAGUGCUGUUCAGCCGUUACUGAACUCAGUGGGAGAUUCAGUGGAAGCUAUUAUCAUCACUAUGCACCAGGAAGAUUUUUCUGGAUCAUUAUCCGGCUCAGGAAAACCAGAUGUCCCUUGUUCUCUCUACAUGAAAGAGCUACAGGGUUUUAUAGCAAGAGUCAUGAGCGACUACUUUAGACAUUUUGAGUGUUUUGACUUUGUCUUUGAUAACACUGAAGCCAUGGCUCAAAGAGCAAUUGAACUUUUCAUUCGCAAUGCCAGUCUAAUAAGGCCCCUCGGUGAAGGUGGGAAGAUGCGGCUUGCAGCGGAUUUUGCACAGAUGGAGUUAGCAGUAGCACCGCUGUGUCGGCGAGUCUCUGACCUAGGAAAAUCUUACAGACAGCUGAGGUCAUUCAGACCACUGCUGUUCCAGACCAGUGAGCAUAUUGCCAGUAGCCCAGCUCUGGGAGAGGUUAUUCCAUUCAGCAUUAUUCUUCAGUUCUUAUUUACAAGAGCACCACCAGAGUUAAAAUCACCCUUCCAGAGGGCUGAGUGGUCCAUUGCCCGUUACUCCCAGUGGCUUGAUGAUCAUCCAUCUGAAAAAGACAGGCUUGCUCUCAUACGUGGUGCACUGGAAGCUUAUGUUCAAUCAGUCAGAACAAGAGAGGGGAAGGAAUUUGCACCCGUCUACCCCAUAAUGGUUCAGCUGCUGCAGAAAGCCAUGUCAACCCUUCAGUGAGCACACUUGGAUAACGCUCUCGACAUAUGAAAUGGACACGUUCACAGUCGGGGGUCUUUGGUGCCACACAUGUAUUUACAGUUCAUGUAAAUUAUUCCCAAAUACAGAAGCUUUACA